CAGUAGCAAGGGGUGACAUAUUGUCUCACCAAGAAAAUAAGAGACCAAACGGAUCAACAUGUGCAGCAUUUUACAAAUUGAGAGUGAAUUUCUUAACCUAUAGAAUAGGAGGCAAGUGGCCCUUGAGUGGGCUGGGUCCCUGUGCGGCCUGGUGCGCCCAUGUUAUCCGUUCGCGGUGUUAUUGGCACCCGGGUUUCAGCAUUCGUGCUAGUGCAGUGCGCGCCCUUCCCGGUCCUCCGGUCUUCGGACAGGGAUAAAAAGAGCAAAAAAAAUACAAUUUUAAAACUUAAUACAUACCUUCUUAGGGUUGCGUAUAUAAGUUUACGUUCAGUUUACGAAGUAAGUGUUCCAAUAUUAAAUUUUAUCAAAUCAGGAAAUCAUGUUUAAUAAAACCACUAACAAAUUACAUUUUUUUACUAUUCCAGAGAUGCCAAAUGAAGUUUAUAUCAACUAUUUAAAGGGCAACCAACCCUGGACAUUGGGUGGGAUCGUCUGCAAACUUACAGCACUCAUACCUGAAACAGCGACAAAUGCGUCCGUGCUUACGAUCUUGGCCUUCUCUGUUGAGCGCUAUGUGGCCAUCUGCUACCCUCUGCGAUCGCUGGCCCUUUCACACCUUCGCAGGGCAAAGCGCAUCCUCACGGCAAUUUGGCUGACCUCGCUCGUCUGCGCCGUUCCUUUCUGUCUCGAUUUUGAACUCAUUUCUGUGAAUGCCAUCCAGCCGUCUCUUCAUUGCGACGCAACAGGUUUGAUCUUGAAAGAUUACUACAUGGGCAUCAUCAGCAGCGUGCUGUUCUUUAUCAUCCCCUUCGCGGUUAUGGUCUAUCUCUACUCCAGGAUUGCGAUGGUAGUUCGCUCCCGCAAGAGCAUCGGAGAAUCUCGCACCUUGGACGCUUCAACAAAGUCUGUCAUUCGGAUGCUGGCCGCAGUGGUUUUUUCCUUUUUCCUGUGUUGGGCACCAUUCCACUUUCAACGCCUAUUUUUUGCACAUUUGUCUGAGCAGACGAUAUUCUUGGCAGAAAUCAAUCACUUGCUUUAUGUCAUCAGUGGCUUUUCUUUCUACCUUUCAUCCACCCUGAACCCGAUACUUUACAACGUCAUGUCGGCCAAAUAUCGGAAUGCUUUCAAGGCCACUCUUUAUGGACGGAUAGUAUAAUUAAAUGGAGGAUAAAGCCUUACACCAUGCAUGUUCAUAAAAUUCAACAGUUAUUGUCGAUAAAAUUAUCAAAACAUAUCACACUUUGGAAAUAUUUUGCACUUUGCACGACCCAAAAGUCACUGUCAAUUUGGGCUAAAAGAACUAUACAGGUUGUGUUCAGACCGGAAUUGAGACCAUAUGUAAGAACUCUAGAUGUUAAUGUUGUUUUUAUAAAGUCAUUAUUGACACAUGUAAUCGUACGCUUAGUUGGGCAUUUGAACGCAAGCGGAACACAGAUAAUGCUGACGAUUAUAUAUACACCUGCUGCCUCAUUGUUAGUGCAUACGCUGUAUGAGACGAAGUGCGACCGCGGCGUUCUAUUUUGUGCUAUUCAGAAGCAAAACAAUUCACGCUUUAUCGGAAACCCCUAUGCCAACUGUUUUAACUUUGUCAUUUCACUCCAAAUCAACGAUUCUGAAUUUAAUAAAGUUAAAUUGAUUCAAAA